ACAAAUAUGUACAUAUAAUUGUUUUUUAUUUUUUUUAUAGUUAUUAUCGUAGUUAACGGAGUCAAUGCAGACAAAAAGAGGAUCAAGUCUAUUUUAUUUUGUUGCUAUUGUUAUUGUUAUUUAUUUAUUUAUUGUGGUGAUUAUCAUAGAUAACGGAGUCAAUGCAGACAAGAGGAUCAAGAAAACAGAGGACCAUGGUUGGCAAAUUGAUAACCCAUGUUCUUCUAUUCUGUUUUUUCAUCAUUGUAGCAACAGGAGCACCCACAGCCAAGUCAGGCUGUCAAAAGCAAUGCGGAAACGUGAGCAUCCCAUACCCUUUCGGAAUCGGAUCCGGCUGUUUCCUCAACGAAUGGUUUGAAGUACUUUGCAUCAAAGACAACACCAUACCACUUUUAAGACACAUCAAGCAGGAAGUGAUGGAGAUUUCCGUCGAAGCUGGCACGAUUCUGGUUAGAAACCCCAUUACCUUUUGGAACUGCAACAGAGAAACCCGCCAGAGCCCCAACUUGGAAGGUAGCCCUUUUGUGUUCUCACAGAAGAACAGAUUCACCGCUGUAGGUUGUGGAGCAUUCGGGUUGUUGAUUUCGUCGAAAUUGUCGACGAAUAUUGCCGGCUGCAUGUCCACUUGCGGUGAGACUGGAAACCACAGCUGUAGUGGGAUAAAUUGCUGCCAGACAAACAUCCCCUUGAAUCUAAAUUCCUUCAAGACCAGUUUUCAUGCCGUUGACGGCGAAAAAGAGAAGGUUUGCAAGUAUGCUUUCCUUGUGGAUCAAGAUUGGUUUAUGUCCAAUUUUACCGAUAUUUAUUCGUUUAAAGAGAUGGUUGAUGUGCCUGUGUUGCUUGAAUGGGAAUUAUAUUAUUCAGUGUUUGAUGUAUUUGGAACUUCUUUUGAGACUAAUAAAUUAACUUGGUCAAAUCCCAAAUGCUAUUGGGAUAGUGUAAACUCCGAGUAUGGAUGCUACAGAAAUUCGACUUGCUAUACAUAUUAUAAUGAUAUUGCCACUUCUUCUUCAGUAAUAUUCAAUCAGUCCAGGGUUGAAUGUAGGUGUGGAUGGGGAUUUGAAGGAAACCCUUAUCUUAUUGAAGGAUGUAAAGAUAUUGAUGAAUGCAAGGAAGAUAGCAAUAGCUGUACAGAGUACGGUGGAGUUUGUCAAAACGAUUUUGGGGGUUACGGAUGCUACUAUCCAUCUCAUAAUGAACACUCUGUGCUUAAUCUCAUCCGUAUUGGUAUUGGCAGCAUCAUUGGAUUGUUGUUUGUACUUGCUGGCGCGUGGUGGUUAUCUAAGAGAAUGAAGGAGGGUGGAAGAGUAGCUCGUUUGGAUGGGAAUAGAGAAAUUGAGUUAAAGGGGACUGAAAACUCAAACGAAGCUUCUAAUGUUCUAAUACCACUAGUAGCAUCCCAGCCACAAUUACAAUGAUCAGCAAUUUUUAUACAUAUCUAGUGGUGAUGUUUAGGUGAUUUACAAUAGAAAUAUCAUGUGUAAUGAAUACUAUUGAGUAUAAGUAUUGUAAAUUAAUGAGAGAAUCUUUUGCCAAAAAUACAUUUAAUAUCAGAGUAAUAGAUAGAUAUGGAGCCAAAAAUGUUCAAAUA